GUGUGUGUGUGUGUGUGUUCAGUGUUUUUCCAGCCUCUCUCUCAGUGAACAGCUGACAGUAGAAGAAGAAGGCCAGCUGAUCUAAUAAUAGCAGAGAGAGUGAGACCUGUAUCUGUAUCGGUCCUUCUGCACGCCGUCGCACCGCCACCAACCUCCAACCAUGCCCAGCAGCCAGACCCGCAGCCGGGCCAGAGACCGGAACGACGUCCUGAACCGACCCGAGUUUCUGUCCCUGAACCAGCGCAGGGACCAGGGUCCGGGGGAGGGGCGGGGGGGCGGCGGUCCGAGGAGAGCCCCGCACAGACAGCAGAGUCAGCAGGAGGACGCCGGAGCGAGGGGGUCCAGGGACUCCUCUGAGGGGGGCCCAGCAGCUGAUGGGGGGGUGAAGGAGGACUGUAUGCAGCUCAAUCCGUCCUUUCGAGGCAUCGCCAUCAACUCGCUGCUCGCCAUCGACAUCAGUCUGUCCAAGCGUCUGGGAGUGUGCGCGGGGACUCGUGGCUCCGGGGCCCCGCUGCGCUCCAUGGUGACCCUGCUGGCCCUCAGCGGUCACGCCCUCCCCUGGCUCUGUGGGACUCUGAUCUGUCUGUGGAGCAGCAACACGCUGGCCGGACAGGAAGUCCUGGUGAACCUGCUGCUGGCUCUGAUCCUGGACCUGAUGACGGUUGCUGGGAUGCAGAAGUUGGUGAAGCGCAGAGGACCAUGGGACUUCCCUCCGGGGUUUCUGGACUACAUCGCCAUGGAUACGUAUUCUUUCCCAGCAGCUCACGCCAGCCGAGCCGUCAUGGUCUCCAAGUUCCUGCUGACCCACCUGGUGCUGGCGGUGCCCCUGCGGAUCCUCCUCUACCUGUGGGCCGUCCUGGUGGGCGUGUCCCGGGUGCUGCUGGGUAAACAUCACCUGUCGGACGUCGGCUGUGGCUUCGCUCUGGGCUUCCUGCACUUUAGUCUAGUGGAGUCUGUUUGGCUGGACUCUUCUACCUGCCAGACCCUGAUCUCCAUCGGCACGCUGCGCUGGACUCCGCUGGUCUAGGCUGGUCCCACUGGACUCUGGUCCCACUGGACUCUGGUCCCACUGGACUCUGGUCCCACUGGACUACAGUACACCACAGAGACCAGCAGGAUGACAGACUGACUGAAGCCCUCUCUGUUCUUACGUCUUAAAGAGCGUUAGCGCUGUUAGCGUUAGCUGCUCACAGUUGUGUGCUGCUUUAUGUUUACGGCCAGCGGUCGGAGGUCAGCGUUCGGAGGUCGGAGGUCGAACCGAGAUAAGCUAACAGCUGGAACCGGUUUUGUGAGGAUCUGUUACCAUCAGCUGAAUGCUAAGCUAACGGUCAACCUUCAAACCAACACUGGACCCUCACAGAGAUAGAUGUACAGUGUGUGUGUGUGUGUGUGUGUGUGUGUGUCUGUCUGUCUGUCUGUCUGUCUGUCUGUCUGUCUGUGUUGUGUGUGUGUGUGUGUGUGUGUGUGUGUCUGUCUGUCUGUCUGUCUGUCUGUCUGUCUGUCUGUCUGUGUGUGUGUGUGUGUGUGUGUGUGUGUGUGUGUGUGUGUGUCUGUGUGUGUGUGUGUGUGUGUGUGUGUGUGUGUGUGUGUGUGUCUGUCUGUGUGUGUGUGUGUGUGUGUGUGUGUGUGUGUGUGUGUGUGUGUGUGUGUGUGUGAGGGUUUUUUACAUCAACAAAUAAAAACUGAAAAUGAA